CUUAGCUAAAAACCGUAAAAUUAGUUGUGCUGUGUGUCUUGCGGAAAAGCCAUAGGGGCAGGAGCAGUGCACUGUACAUAACCACAGAAUUAUGUAAACAAGCCAGUCCGUGAACUUGCUGCAGUGUAUUCACAAAAUUCCUCUGUAUUUGUAAGGCUGCUGGCGAAACUACGUGAAGUAAAGUAUAAAAAAUAUAGAGGAUAAAGCUGCAGCAUGGGCGCUUCAGCAACGCCGGUCACCCUAUUCACACUUUUCUGGCUGAGUGUGGGCGGCGUGAUUCCGUGGUUUGUGCCGAAAGGAAACAACCGCGGGCUAAUCCAGACAAUGAUUGUCACUACAGCUGCCCUCUGCUAUACAUUCUGGCUGUGUGCAUAUAUGGCGCAGAUGAAUCCUCUGAUGGGACCCCUUCUGAGCAACAAAACUGUCAUCAUUAUGCGACAUGAAUGGAUGUAGAAAGCUAUAUGGGAAUCACUUACCUGCUGGCCUGAAUAUGUCUUCUGCUUCAUUCAUUCCCAGGAUUUAAGCUGCACCAUUAUUUAUUAUAUUAGAUGUUUAGGAUCAGUGCUUUAUGGGAAUGUAAAACUCCAACAGUUAUUAUUAUUAGAAUACCUAUGGGUACAAUGCAUCCUGCGUACCACAACUGUUCCAUUUUGUUUUUCUGUGCCAGUUCUCUUUUUCCAAAACAGCUUCCUAAGCUGCUUUACUCAUGGUUUCAGAAGUUAGUGCACAUCAGUGCUGUGUAGUGGAGAAAAAAAAUUUUGUUGCAUUUUUACACACUUCCUUUGCAAAAAAAUGUUACAGUGGAUAGUAUUCUGUGUACUCGACAGAUCGUGCCAUCUCCUACUGUGUUUAUUUAAUAUGUCUAUCUCUUAUUGCAUGGGAAGAGCCAAAAUUGGUAAUUUUGCUGAGUCCUCCUUAUGUACAUUAUUUCUCAGGUUUUCAAAGCUUGAUUUUGGCUCAUUACAUCACUAUAAUUGUAGAGAUUAUAGCUGUCAAUAGCUCCCAGCUGUCAAUCAGCAUUCAUGGACAAAUUAAAUAUAAACAAGUUCGGGCUAGCUAAAAUAUGCUUGUUAAUUUUUGUUUGCGGUUGUAUACUUAAUAAUGGCAUGAUUUCAACUAGCAUAUUUAGUGUGAGGUACAUGAUUUGCGGUACAUUUGUGCGCAUGUGAGAUACGUUUACCAACCAGCCCAAUCUCAAACCUACUUUAGUGUGAGGCCCAAACACUUUCUGGCUUGUCCAGGAUUGUGCUCUUGUGUUAUCGCUUACGAAAGGCGCUCUAGUUAGUAAUUUGUUGCUCAGGUUUCAUUUGUCCACGACUGUACAUGCAGUUCCCAGUGAUGAAAAAAAACGGUUUACAUGAUUUUCACCAGAUAAGUAUUGUUGCUGUCCAAACCUCACUGCUUGCGUCACACAUUGGUGCCUGCAUGCCAUACUUGGUUCCACUUUAGCUGAACAAAUUGAGACACAGUUCAUGUUCAGAGUGUCAACAAAUUGAGAUUCAUAGACCCUGUUUUGUUCCUUUUCCUGUUCUGUUGCUUUGUACCUGAUAUUCUCUAUUGUUGGUGUGUAGCAGUGUAUGUCAUGUGACCCCCCCCCCCCCUCUAUUCCGUUUUUCUUGCAUGCUCUCGUAUAGAGCUUGCACUUUCUGACCAACUUUAUGCCAUGAUUCUAGUCACAAUUAAUAAUAUAUUUAUUCCUUCAUGUCAUUAAAUUGACUUGUGUACCAAUAAAAUAAGCCUUAGGCUGCAAUUGAUGGCCUGCA